AGUAAAGCGAGCCUGCAGACAGCCAGUGAACGCACAAAAUGGCGGACACGGUUCCAUCUUUAGGCUACCCAAAAUUUUCCUUAAGUGAACCGCGAUUUGAUCAAAAAACCUAUUUGGGACGAUUAAAGCGCUGCCUUGAUGUCACAGAUCCUAGAACCUUGUUUGUCAGUGAGAAAAAGCUUCAGGACUCAAUACAGCUUUUGAAACAAUUUGAAAAUGGAACCUUACCUCAAGGAACAGUGGAUAAGAAGCUGUGGGAAGCAAGAAAAAUUAAGGAGGCCAUCAUACAUCCUGAUACAGGACAAAAGGUCUUCAUGCCAUUCAGAAUGUCAGGUUAUGUUCCCUUUGGAACAAUCACAGUUGUAGGAAUGCUAUUACCUGCACCAUCACUGAAGACAGUUAUAUUUUGGCAGUGGAUGAACCAAAGUCACAAUGCAGCGGUGAACUACUCCAACAGAAAUGCAAGCAAGCCAACACCAACCAGCAGAUUUUUGUUAAGUUAUUUUGGAGCUGUCACUAGUGCGGUUACAAUUGCGCUUGGACUAACUACACUGGUUAAAAGAGCAAAGAUUUCCAAUCCGUCCAUGAAAGCUUUACUUCAACGAUUAGUAGCUUAUCCGGCCACAGCAACUGCAAACAUAUGUAAUGUUGUACUAAUGCGAAACCACGAGCUUUUCACGGGAAUCGAAGUAAAAGACAAAGAUGGGAACGUGGUAGGAACGUCAAAACUAGCAGCUCGAAAGGCUGUUUUUGAAACAACUAUAACUAGGAUUCUUCUUCCUUUACCCGUCUUGGUUAUUCCACCGUUUGUUAUGCAGCUCUUGGAAAGGACCAAAUUUAUGUUAUCACGUCCCAAACUUCAUCUCCCCGUUCAAGCGCUGGUUUGCGUGGCAGCGUUUGGCUUUGGUCUUCCACUGGCCAUUGCCUUGUUUCCUCAGACAUCUGAGGUUUUGCCGUCCAAACUGGAGAGUGAAAUUCAACAGAAGACAAAAGAGACAAAGCUUUACUACAACAAAGGACUCUGAAACAACUGUGAACACUUUGAAAGCAAUCUGAUGUCUUCGCCAUUGAAUUUAUAAUGUACUAGCCGAGAUGAUUUCAUCAAAGUCUAUUCUAUUCUUUCUAAGUAUUGAAAGCUGCUCAGAGAGCAUCAAUUUAAUUAAUUUUAAGAAAAUGAAUUGAAUCAUCCAUGCAAAAUGUAUUUGUAAUCGAAUCGAGGGACGGAAUUUUAGUGAAUUUCAACUGAUAGUUUUGUACAAGCAAAAUGCGCUGUCAAUUAACUGACAACUUUAAAGAACCAAGUACUGAUUUGUCUUGGAACACGUAUUCAUUUGCUUUUGUUAUAUGUAUUUUUUGAAAUGGUUUUAACUGAUGCAAUGAAACAACUCUGUGGUGUUCCCGCAAAAAGAUAGGAUGUUUGAGAUUCGAUCUUAGGAAUUUCCCAAAAUCAUGCGAACGAGACUCAUGACGUAACUCCUCAGACCAUCGUGAAACAAUUUUGAUUGGUUGUUGCUCAGUGCUUGGUUCACGACACUCAGUCGAAGAAGGUUGC